GAAGCCCCAAGCCUCGCCUCUCGCCGGCGGAGAGCCGCGCCGUGCGCCCCCGCGAGCGCGGACCUGCGGGGCGAGGGGCGGGCGCGCGUCCCCGCCGCUGCGGGGGGAAGGACCGAGGCCGGCGGGGCCCGCGGCCCGCAGACGCUGAGGCCAGAGCCCCCUCCCCGGCCCCGCGCCCGCGCCAUGCCGCGGGGGAGGUGAGCGGGGCGACGGCCGGGGACGGGCGCGGGGGACGCCGCGUCUCCGAGGCGGGGCCCCAGGGGCGCAUCGCCACCUCGCAGCGGUCCUUCUGGCGCGGGCACCCUGGGGAGCCUUGUGAUGGAACCCGGAAUCUCAAAGAGCGUGGCACCGUGAUUUCAAAGAUUUGUCCCUCCCCCCUUCACCAGAACGAACGGCCCCUCGCGGCGGGCCGCGCCCCUCCAACCCCUCCCCGCUGCGCCCCCUCCCCGCGCGCCCCCUCCCCGCGCGCCCUCCCCGCCGCCGGCCAGGCCGGGGCGCUGAGCCGGGCUCCCCGCAGGUGCCGCGCCCCUGGCCCGCGUCCCCGCCAUGGAGGUGCUGCGGCGCUCCUCGGUCUUCGCCGCCGAGAUCAUGGACGCCUUUGACCGCUCGCCCACCGACAAGGAGCUGGUGGCCCAGGCCAAGGCGCUCGGCCGGGAGUUCGUGCAUGCGCGACUGCUGCGCGCCGGCCUCGCCUGGAACGCGCCCGAACGCGCCGCUCCCGCCCCCGGAGGCCGCCUGGCGGAGGUGUGCGCGGUGCUGCUGCGCCUGGGAGAUGAGCUGGAGCUGAUCCGGCCCAGUAUCUACCGCAACGUGGCUCGUCAGCUGAACAUCUCCCUGCAGUCUGAGACAGUGGUGACCGACGCCUUCCUGGCCGUGGCAGCACAGAUCUUCUCCGCAGGCAUCACGUGGGGCAAGGUGGUGUCCCUGUACUCAGUGGCUGCGGGGCUGGCCGUAGACUGUGUGCGGCAGGCCCAGCCCGCCAUGGUCCACGCUAUCGUCGACUGCCUCGGGGAGUUCGUGCGCAAGACCCUGGCGCCCUGGCUGCGGAGGCGCGGCGGAUGGACCGAUGUCCUCAAGUGUGUGGUCAGCACCGAGCCCGGCUUCCGCUCACACUGGCUGGUGGCCGCACUCUGCAGCUUCGGCCGCUUCCUGAAGGCCGCCUUCUUCGUGCUGUUGCCAGAGAGAUGAGCCGCUGGCUCGGGCAGAGGCCGAAGCCAGGCUCUCCGAACCAGGAGACCCCCGGCCCUCGAAAGCGCCAACGUCCUCCCCAACCAGGCUGGGAACGCUCCGAUCCUCAGAGCCCCGCCUCAGUGCCGGAGGCCCUGCCCUGAGCCCCUUGUCCACAGACCCUGGCCCUCUAGAAGGGGAAGCAGGGGGGCCUCCCUGGCCUGGAGCUGGGUUUCAGUGCUUUCCCUUGGAACCCCUCCCUGUCCUCUUCCAUCUGGAGCCAUGAAGCCAGGGUCACCAUCCAGGUCCCAAAGGAAGGGGGCUGAGAACGCCAGGCUGUCACUUGAUGCCCGGGUCCCGUCCGUGAAGGGUGACCACGUCAGGACGUGAGCUGGGCCGUGGGCCCUGCACAUUCAGUCGGAAGGAGACCCUGGCCUGGCCAAGGCUGGAGGAGCUGUGGGGUCUUACUGACCUUGUAAACAGGGCAUAGAGCUCAUGUGCUGGUUGCUUAAUCCAUUUCUGGAGGGAGCGCGUGUCCCCCUCCCAUGGUAGGGAGGCUGUGUUGGGACCGGGGGUGUGGGCUCCAAGCUGGCACGCCUGACCUGAGAGCACAGGAGCCUGUGAACAAGAAGGCUGGUGUGUGUGUGUUCAGUCCCAAUAAAGUUUCAUGGCAACGGA